UCUGUAGCUCAGUAAGCGCAGGAAGGGGGCAGGGUUGGCGCUUUUCCUUUGCCUGUUUGACCAUCACAAUUUGCUGAAUCACACAAACUCUUCCGCAUCGUCAAAACUUUGAAGACAGAUCGCAGUGGAUUUGAGUCCGUGGAUACACAAGGCGACAUUUCCCCGCCGACGGACAGAGAAGGUGUCCCCUUCCGCGUAACUCUUCAUGGCGAAAAGACCUUUCUUUUUCACUUCUGCCUUUUUCUGUCACCUACGGGACCAUCGCUCGUAAGCCACAAGCCUUUAAAAGUUUGCCUUUCAUGUGAAUGCACAGGACUCAUCUGAGAAAUGAAGCUCAGCAGACAGUUCACAGUUUUUGGCAGUGCCAUAUUCUGUGUUGUGGUAUUUUCCUUGUACCUGAUGUUGGAUCACAUUGAUCAUAGCAAAAACCCAAAUGGAGAGAGAAUUCAAAACGGCCAGCUUGGUGUUCUGCAGGACAAAAUAGACCACUUAGAAAGACUACUUGCAGAGAACAAUGAGAUCAUUGCCAACAUCAGGGACUCAGUAAUUAACCUAAAGGAAACUGUGAAAGAUGGGAGAAUGUUUCCUGAGGGGAACAUGAGUCAGGGGAACCUGGACUUGCUGCCCCCUGCUCCUGCACUGCUCCCCAUACACUCAGAGGACUGCCAGUUUGCAGCACGGACGUAUUCCAAGGCAGCGGAUGGAGUACAGAUGCUGGAUGUUUAUGAUUUACUCAGCUUUGAUAACCCUGAUGGUGGAGUAUGGAAACAAGGCUUUGAUAUCUCUUAUCAGGAAAAUGAAUGGGACAAUGAGCCACUCCAAGUCUUUGUUGUGCCCCAUUCACAUAAUGACCCCGGCUGGCUGAAGACGUUUGAUGACUACUAUAAAGACCAGACGCAACACAUUCUCAACAACAUGGUGGUAAAAUUGCACGAAGACAGUCGACGGAAAAUGAUCUGGUCUGAGAUCUCGUAUUUUUCUAAAUGGUGGGACAGCAUCGACGAGCAGAAACGAGAUGCUGUUAGAAGGCUGAUAAAGAGCGGUCAGCUCGAGGUGGCCACUGGAGGCUGGGUGAUGCCUGACGAAGCCAACGCUCACUACUUUGCAUUGAUAGAUCAGUUAGUGGAAGGUCACCAGUGGUUGGAGAGAAAUUUGGGAGUGAAACCCAAGACUGGCUGGGCUGUGGAUCCGUUCGGUCACUCUCCUACUCAGGCUUACCUCCUCAGACAGGCUGGUCUAUCUAACAUGCUGAUCCAGAGAGUACACUACUCAGUGAAGAAACAGUUUUCCUCUCAGAAGACCCUGGAGUUCUUCUGGAGACAGAACUGGGAUCAGGACUCGAGUUCAGACAUUUUGUGUCACAUGAUGCCAUUCUACAGCUACGAUGUUCCCCAUACAUGUGGUCCUGACCCAAAAAUCUGCUGCCAGUUUGACUUUAAAAGGCUGCCAGGAGGAAGAAUCAGCUGUCCAUGGAGAAUUCCUCCUCAGGCUAUCACAGAUAAUAACAUACAGGAGAGAGCUCAGACACUGCUGGACCAGUACAGAAAGAAAUCCAAACUGUUUCGGACUAAUGUGCUGCUGGCUCCACUUGGAGAUGAUUUUCGUUACACCGAAGCUCUCGAAUGGGACCAGCAGUUUGAAAACUACCAGAAACUCUUUGACUACAUGAAUUCUCACCCUGAGCUUCAUGUCCAGGCCCAAUUUGGAACUAUUUCAGAUUAUUUCGAGGCCUUGCGUAAAAGCACUGGCAUGGAUCCGGUUGACAUGAAUCCCGGCCAGUUGGCUUUGCCUGUGCUAAGCGGAGACUUUUUCACUUACGCGGAUCGAGACGAUCACUACUGGAGCGGAUACUUCACUUCACGGCCGUUCUAUAAACGCCUGGACAGAGUGCUGGAAUCACACCUCCGGGCAGCUGAAGUCCUCUACUCUCUGACCUUGGCCAACAUGCAGAAAUACGGCCAGCCCAAAGAUUACCCUGAAGUGGAUAAUUACAAGUUACUGACAGAAGCCAGGCGCAAUCUGGGACUCUUCCAGCAUCAUGAUGCCAUCGCAGGCACGGGCAAAGACUGGGUGGUUGUGGACUAUGGAACCAGGUUGUUUCACUCUAUUCUGAAUGUGAGGCGAGUAAUUGUGAGCUCUGCUCACUGGUUGGUGCUCAAGGACAAACAAACAUACUACCAUAAUCCUUCAAGUCCCUUUCUUCACAUGGAUGAUGUUCAGCCAUCCCAAGACGCCUUACCUCGCAAAAUAAUUCUUGACGUUCGUGAAAAACCUAAGUUGUUGGUGGUUUACAACCCCAUAGAGCAAGCCAGGACGUCCAUGGUUACAGUAUAUGUGAGUACUCCUAAAGUGCACGUGCUCAAUGCUCAUGGUCAGGUGGUCCGUGCUCAAGUCAGUGCAGUGUGGAACGAUGCCAGUCAUGCUGCUAACGAUGUCUUCCAGUUGUCGUUUGUGGCUCAAGCUGCUCCACUGGGUCUGAGCAUGUACCAGCUGAUAGAAGGAAUGGAGCCAAGGACAGAAGCUGCUAAGUACAUGUUUCUUCAGGAUGGCAAGCAGAUUCCAGGCAGUAAACUGGAGCAUUUCCGACAGUUCUACCAACAAGAUGCGGAUCCUGUGCACAUUGAAAAUCCUCACCUGAAACUCUCCAUCUCUACAGCUACUGGUCUUUUAGAGAAAAUGAGGCUGAAGGAGGAUGACUCGGAGCACCUGGUCAGGGUGCAGUUUUUUUGGUACGGCACCACCAGCAAUAAAGACAAGAGCGGCGCCUACCUGUUCCUGCCCGACAAAGAAGCAACAAUUUACUCUUCCUAUCAACCGCCGGUGGUUCGAGUCACUAAAGGGCCGCUGUUUUCUGAAGUCACCACUACCUUCCAGCACAUCACACACACUCUCCGACUCUACAACAUCCAGGGUGUGGAGGGUCAGUCUGUUGAGAUCUGUAACACUGUAGAUAUAAGAGGUGAAAUCAACCGUGAAAUUGCAAUGAGGAUAAGCUCAGAUCUGAACAGCAAGGAUCGAUUCUUUACUGACCUCAAUGGCUACCAGGUGCAGCCGAGAAAAACCAUGGCUAAGCUCCCCCUGCAGGCAAACUUCUACCCCAUGACCAGCAUGGUCUACCUGCAGGACGCCAGCGCCAGACUCUCUCUGCUCACCGCGCAGUCACUCGGAGCAGCCAGCCUUAAGAGCGGUCAGCUGGAGGUGAUUUUGGACCGCAGGCUCAAUCAGGAUGAUAAUCGAGGUUUAGGUCAGGGAGUGCUGGACAAUAAGAUCACUGCCAACUCCUUCCGCCUACUGCUGGAGAAGAGAAGCUCUGCGGAGGAGGCCCACAGUGAGAACACUGCACCAUACAGCUAUCCGUCUAUGUUGAGUCACAUGACGUACAUGUACCUCAACCAUCCCUUCAUCUCAAUGGGAGUCAGUCAGCACUCGGAUGCUGCAUCCUUGAUUCCCUACAGCCCUCUGAGCGCCUCCUUCCCUUGCGACAUUCAUCUGAUCAACCUGCGUGCUAUCCAGUCAAAGGAGGAAGGGGGAGGUCCAUCCGAGCAAGCUGCUUUGAUACUGCACAGAAAAGGCUUUGACUGUGGCUUCUCCAAUCGGAACACUGGCCUACUGUGUACCACCACACGUGGCAAGAUACAUUUAGAGAAGCUCCUGACAGAUCUGAAGGUGAAAAGCAUCACUCCCGUAUCGCUGUCUCUGAUGCACACACACAAUAGUGAAGCCGACCCGCAGGAGAUCAGUCUUAAACCCAUGGAAAUCAGGACUUACCGCCUGCAGCUGAGCUGAGCUGCGUCCUCUGUGUUUUUACACUCGAGAGCCGUGAGGUUGUUGCCUUCAGCCAAGGACUCGGUUAAUGAUUGUCAACAGGAACCUUAAGCGUCACAGCAAAGCGCAAUAUGAAAUCACCAAGAUUUCCAACCAGCUCUCUCAGGUUACUUAACAUAACGUGACGCUUCUGAUGUGUGAUUCACUGUGCUGAGAGUUGACGUUUUGCACUGGGAGCAUACAAGUUGCUGUAUGCUUUUUAAGUGUUGCUACCGUGGGGAUAGUGCAAGAAAUGCUUUUCAUACUUCUGUUCCUUCAUAAAGAGAAAAGCUCCUGUUUGAACAGCGCCUGUGCCCUGUUCAUUUUAUCCUCACAAUUCCCAGAAGAAAGUUAAUAUAUAGAUUGUAAAAUUGAUUGGAGUCUUGCCUCAAGUUUUAUUUUAUUAUUUUAUCACAAUCCCAAAGUUUUUAUUCAAAACUGUGCCUUAGUCUCACAGGGUGGUGUUUGUCUUAAUGAAUGUGAUAAAAUGAGCAAUUUUAGACCAUUUUUAAUUCAUAGCUACAUAUCUUCACAAUCAUGUUUGGUAUUUUCGAAUGCAGAUCAACUAAAUUAGCAUUGUGUUUUCUUUAAAUGUCUGUUGCAAACGACUGCAGUUUAUGUGUUUAUUACACAAUCAUUGAAAUUGGUCUUUUAAUGCUUGAAAUUUAGAUGAUGAAGCCUCAGAUUCUGUGACGUGUCUUUAUAGUUUGUCUAUUUUAUGCAGUCUGAAAGAUUGUAAAUAGCUUCAGUAGCAAAAUAUAUUCACCAAAGGUGGGUGGGUGUCUUGCAACAAUGUACUUAGGAAUGUGUAUUGAAAUCUGUAUUCCAUUGUUCCCAGAGAUAAUAAUUGUUAAAGAAGAAAUUAAAUGUUUUAUUUAAUAUAUUAGGCUACACGACCAGUCAAACGUUUUUUAAUGUUUUUUUUUUUUAAAGAAGUCUCUUCUGUUCACCAAGCCUCCAUUUAUUUGAUCCAAAGUACAGCAAAAACAGUAACAUUUUGAAUUUUUUUUACUAUUUAAAAGAACUAUAUUCCAUUUUAAUAUAUUUUCAAAUGUAAUUUAUUUCUGUGAUUUCAAAGCUGAAUUUUUAGCAUCAUUACUCCAGUCACAUGAUCCUUCAGAAAUCAUUCUAAUAUUCUGAUUUGCUACUCAGAAACAUGUAUUAUAAUUAUUAUUAUUAGAUUUUUUUCAGGUUUCUUUAGUGAAUAGAAAGUUCAGAAGAACAGCAUUUAUCUGAAAUAGAAAUCUUUUGUAACAUUAUAAAUGUCUUUAUCAUCACUUUUAAUCAAUUUACAGCAUCCUUGCUAAAUAAGUAUUAAUUUCUAUACUUUCUUUCUCAAAAAAAAAAAAAAAUAUAUAUAUAUAUAUAUAUAUAUAUAUAUAUAUAUAUAUAUAUAUACAUACUGACUCCAAGCUUUUAAAUGGUAUAGUGUAUAAUUACAUUAUUAUUUCUGAUAAAUGCUGAUCUUUGGAUCUUUCUAUUCAUCAAAGGAUCCUGAAAAAAAACUGUACUCAACUGUUUUAAAUAUUGAAAUACUUAAAUCAGCAUAUUAAAGUGAUUUCUGAAGGAUCUGAAGGAUCAUGUGACACUGAAGACUGGAGUAAUGAUGCUGAAAAUUUAGCUUUAAUCACAGGAAUAAAUUAAAUUUUAAAAUAUAUUUAAAUAGAAAACAGAUAUUUUAAAUAGUAAAAAUAUUUCAGAAUUUUACUGUUUUUGCUGUACUUUGGAUCAAACAAAUGCAGGCUCGGUGAGCGGAAGACACUAAAAAAGUCUCACUGUUCAAAAACGUUUGACUGGUAGUGUAUAUGAAUAAAAACAUGCAUAUAUUUUUGGAAUCAUAAAAUGGUGUCGGAUAUUAUUAUGGAUUAUAAACUUCAUGUGAUUGUGUUGAGGUUUAUGAAUGGAAAUGAUUUUAGAAGCUAGACACAAUCAAACUAUGCAAAUGUACAUUUUUGUCUUAUGCAACGAUGAUCUAUUUUUUUAAAACGACAGGUAACACGGGACCUAUCAAACAAUUUCUGGCAGUCAUUCUCCCAAUUUUACCUGGAAAAGUUCUUGAGACUUUUUCUGAUAAGUAGAAGAUGUGCAACACAUGAUUACAUAUGUGAUAUGAAUGUUCUCCUCAUUUACCUUCAUUCUGUGAUGUUUAUUCUUGAAGGGAUGCCAUUUCUUGUCUUAUAUUCUGGGUGUCUUUUUUUUUUUUAGGUGUUUUCGUCCUUUAAAUCAGCUUUCAGGCUGUCGAUUAGAGUUGGUCGCUUGUCUUGAGCGUGAUGAAGGAUGAUCAUUUAUUGACUUGCUACUGUGAUAUUUUCGAAUGUUAAUUGAGCUGAUUCAGCAUGUUUUUCUUUUCCCUUUUAUGAAAAUAUCUACUGACAUGUCGUUCUGGAGGUCAGUCAGAAGUGCUGUGAUCACUGUAUUCCAACUAGCUGCUUAAUUCACACUUUUAUGACCAAAUUGGUCUGUGACUGUAGUGAAUCAGGAUUAUGAAAGCAAGCCUAUGCUUUCCGACCCUGUGAGAACAUUCCUCUUUUUUUUUUUUUUUAAAUCUUAAAAAAUGUGGUGACUAUCUAAAGAGUGCAUCUUUUUACCAGUGUUGCCAAUUACAAUUUUAGCCAACACAAAUGUCUGUCUGUGCCCUUUGAAAGGAAUGUUACAAAAAAUAAAAAUGUUUGGACUUUUAA